GUAACAAAUUCACAUGGAGGAGGUCAUCUGUCUCUGGCCUCCUUGAUAAUAAUAAACCUGUACAUACAACAAGAACACCAGCAGGAACAAGAAGAAGAAGACAGACAAACAGACAGACAGAUCGUGAGCGUUUUCUAGGGUUUUCAAAUUUGAUAACCCUAGAAUUCGUUUCUAUCUUCACCUAAUUGGUCUUUUUCGGCUCACCUUUGAUGGUCGUGUUCUUUAGGAAUCAAUCUAUCUAAUCAGUUAAAAUGGGGUUGAGAUAUUCCAAACCUACACCAGAGAAGGUUGUGAAUGUCGUUGGACUACCUCGGCAAUAUCAUGUGUUUAAUUAUUUUUUGAGAAAUUUCUACAUUCGACAUCUUGUAUCUAAAAAAAGGAGGCGAAUGCUUGUUGGUGGCUAUGAUCUUGAUAUGUCAUACAUUACGGAUCGUAUAUUAGCAAUGUCAUUCCCUUCAGAGCGGAUGCGAGCUAUGUAUCGUAAUCCUUUAUGGCAAGUGAAGUCUGUUUUAGAUAUGAGGCAUCCGGGGCACUAUAAGAUAUACAAUUUGUGCGUGGAAGAAAGCUAUGAUCCAUCACAUUUUCAUGGACGUGUAGAGAUGUUCCCAUUUGAUGAUAAUCAUGUUCCUCCUCUCCAUAUGGUGAAGCUCUUUUGUGAAAGUGUUCGGUCAUGGUUAUCUGCUGAUCCACAGAACAUUGCGGUUAUACAUUGCAUGGCAGGAAAAGGGAGGACAGGCUUAAUGGUUUGUUGUUACCUAGUAUAUAGUGGAAUGUCAGCAGAGGAAGCCCUUCAACUGUAUGCACAAAGACGCACUACCAACAAUGAAGGAGUGUCAAUAGCCAGCCAGCGUCGUUAUGUUGGGUACUGGUCUAAGAUAGUUAACUUUCCCAGGGGAGUUGACAAUGGACCUCCUGAAGUGAUCUUACCUCAACCUUGUAGCAGAGAAUUGCUGCGAGUUAGGCUUUACGACACAGUUAACACUGACUCGGUUUUCUUUGUUCUGUCUGAGUUACAGCAGGUGUCCAGCCAAAUGUAUCAACCAUCAGUGGAAGUUGCUAGGAACUGCUGCCGGCCAGUUAAGCAAGGAUAUCAAGGAAGUAGUAGACCGCGAUACUAUUUUUCAUACAUUCAAAAUGAUGAGGAUAAGGAUCCAGAUGCAGAGAAACCCCGUGUUGUGGUGCAGAUGGACACAGAGAGUUCUGUUAUAUAUGAGAAGACUUGCCUUGACUACCAUUUUGAAGCACCCCUACUUGUCUCUGGAGAUGUGCGACUUAUCUUCUAUCAGAAGAUGUUUGGUGGACGACUCUUUUAUGCUUGCUUCAAUACAGCUUUUAUUACAAGCAGCUUACUGCAGUUCUCCAUCGGCGAUCUUGAUAAAGUAGGGAGCAAAGGCCAGUCAAUAUGUGGGUCAUCCUUUUGUGUGGAAUUGCUAUUUGCUCCAGCCAAUGCAUCAUCGACCGAGAUAGAAGUUGAUGAUUAUGACUGAAGAUUUUCUCACUAAAUUCCCUCUCACAUGCUCACUUGGAGUACAAGUUCAAAUUCAAGUUAGUCCCAACCUAUCCCCUUAUACAGUACAAAAUUGUAUUCAUUUAAAUCCUACUGUUUCGUCUUGUUUUAUGUGACGGAAAACACUAGGAAGAAUCUGACAAGGAAAAAAAAAAUAGAGAGCAAUUUUUGUAUUUAGAAUUUUGACAGCAAAAUUAGCUGAUAGAUAGACUUGUUUCAUAUUCAAUAUACACAACCCUUUCCGGGUGAAUUGGCUCGGAUUAUUGAUCUCAUUGUCUGAGUUGAGUUUUCCAUAGUAGGAAAUCGUAAUACAGGUUAUUGUCAUGUAUAUCCCCUUAUGGUUGAAAGAGAAACCCACUAGUAAAAA